UUUUUUUUGUGAAUGAAAGGCAUCUGCGUGUGUGGGUAUCAUCUGACCCUGGAAUUCCAGGAACUGACUUGUUUUCAUACAAGCAACAAGCGAAGAGGCUGAAAACAACAUAAUUUACACAGUAUCUCCGGAAAACAACUUGUUAGCUUUUGUUUACGGGGAUUAUUGAAAGAGAGAAACGAUUCGCUGUUUUCCCCCUCUUUGGAGGCUCGUUUUUCAUCUGAACUCAACGAGGGUGGAGAAAUAAGGAAGGAAAAGGAGGGGAGAAAAUCACCUUAAGGAACCAGAUAUUUACCGAAAAAAAGCAGCCAAGCCCAGAGAGUUUGGCGGCAUUCCACAGGGAGCGUGUUCCGGUCAAGUUCAUUGCAGUAUGAGCGCCAACCGAGAAAGCAAGGCAUUGAAGAUCAAGAGGGAGUCAGGUGAGAACACACCUGUGCUGCUGGACCAGGACCUGGUGUCAAUGUCUGUGCGGGAGCUGAACCACCACCUGCGUGGCCUCUCCAAGGACGAGAUCCUGAAUCUGAAGCAGCGGCGACGGACCCUGAAGAACCGGGGUUACGCGGCCAGCUGCCGGGUGAAGAGGGUGACUCAGAAAGAAGAGCUGGAGCGCCAGAAGGCCGAGCUGGAGCAGGAAGUGGAGAAGCUGGCGGCGGAGAAUGCCGACAUGAAGACGGAGCUGGACGCGCUGCGCUCCAAGUACGAGGCCCUUCAGAGCUUUGCUAGGACGGUGGCGUGCGGACCCAUUGCCCCCACGAAGGUCAACACGACCAGCGUGAUCACCAUCGUGAAGUCCUCCAACCUCUCCCGCUAGCACUGCCUCACCAGGGCCAGAUUCAACAAGAGGGCCUCUGUCCUCGGGGUGGGGAAUUUUCUUUGUUUUGGCUUGAAGGUAAGAAUUCUGACAACGUCCAAGCCAAGGUUUACAAGGCACAAAAAAAAACCUCUUCUCUUCUUUUCCCCGGGACGCACAAUACCCCAGGAAGCCUUCUCGCGGAAUAAUUGAGGUGGGGAAGUACUUGUGGGGUUUGGUAGAGUUUUGGGGAGGGUUGGACGAGGGCGAUCGCUGGAGAGAGUAAAGUGGCACGCACUUGGGCUGAUCACUAUUGUUAAGAGGCAGACCCUACCUAGCCUGCACCCCACAAAUAAAUCCAUCCGGCUCCAGGUCUCCCUCAGCCCAAGUCGAAAAUCAGAGCAAUUGGAGAAAGGACAAGGCUGGACCUGUACAGCUGAUUGGGCAACAGUUGCAAAGGAGGGAGGUGAUGGUGUGUGUGAAAAGCAGAUGAGUGGACCAGUGAAAUCCUGGCUCAUUAGUAGCCUAAAUCCAUGAAUCCAUUUUCCCCCCCAUAUCUAUUGGUUGAUAUUUCUACCCUCCCCAUCAGAAGGAAGUAUGGAUCACCCCCUUUGUAGUCUCUGCCCAAUCUGCUGUGCCUUUCCUGCACAUUCCACCAAAGUAUCCCGAGAAGGAGAUAUCCCACAGAACUAAGCACUGUUUCAAUACCAGAACAUCUGGAUUACGAAGCACGACAAAUGCUAAUCACAAUGGCUAUUUAAGGGAAAACUAAGUUUGAGCUCUAAUUUAAUGAAGUUGAGAAGUCUCUUCUGCUUAUUGAUUGUGUUUUAAAGUUCUCUUUAUUUUUUUUAACCAGCAGCAGUGCCAGGUUUUAUUUUGUUGCUGACAAGUGGGUGGUUACCAUGGAUACUGCCUAGUGGCUGGGCAAUAUAACACAGGGAAGGUUUUAUUACAGAUGUAUCUUGCCGUUGAAUGUCUUGUUCUAUUUUCUCAUGUGAUACCUUUCUUUGUCUUAAUUAACGGGACUCUAUUUAUGGAGUUAUAUAUGUAAAACAGAAAAAUCUAUAUAGAUAAUUGUGGUUGCUCGUUGCGCAAGAGUAUUUAUGACAGGAAGUGAAAACAUCAGUUCUUCAGGGAGUCGAGCCACAAGUGAAGAGGUCAAUUUGGGUUGAUUCCAGUAAAACACAACUAAAAUUUAAAGUUGGGUACAUCUCAUGUUUAUAUCUUCACCGUGGAUGCCAGGAAGCUGGGACGCAUCACAGAAGUAGUUAAUUUUAGAGCUUGCGGCCUCUUGUGAAUUGCUUGGAGCCAGUGCCACAAGUGGUGACUGGGUAGCUUUGUAUUUUCCUCAAGAAGAGGAAAGUAGGAAGAUUUUGAGAGUAAGAUUUUCUUCUCAGGCAGAAUUCCAAACUCACCUGCGUCAGGGACCAAGGCUGCCACUGCAGGGGAAGGUUUGGACAGGAACCUAGAACCAGUUGCCCUGAGGGUGGUGGAGGGGGUGACAAUAGUUAACAUUACAGUGCAAAGUACUUUGGGGGGGGGGGUGGCACAUCGCUGUUACGGCACCUGCGAUCUGGGUUCAAUUCCACAACUCUCUAUAAGAAGUUUGUAUGUUCUCCCGGUGACCACGUAGGUUUCCUCUCGCAUUCAAAACGUCGUGUGGGUUAGCAGAUUGAUUGCUCACGUGCGUGUAAUCGGGCCGCGCAGGCUCACUGAGCCAGAAGGAUCUGUCAUCCCUGCUGCACCUCUAAAUAAAGAAAUAGCAACCAGGUAAAAAUGGACCUGGAAAAAAAUGAAACAUUUUUGAGUGGCGAGAAGGCACAGAAUAUGAGGGGCAGCUAGAUCGGUGAUUGGUUUAUUAUGGUCACAUAUACUGAGAUACAGUAAAAAGCCUUGUUUUGCCUGCCAACCAGACGGAUCAUUAUAGACAUCAAUGAAGUAUGGGAGAAAAAGUAAGAACAGAAUGCAGAAUAACUAUCUCUCUGUUGCUAAUUUGGAGCCUUGAUAUUAAUUGGGAUGCUGUCCCUGUUGAAGGAUUUAGUGUUCUGGGACAAUGCCUUAAGUGUGAGAAUGUUUCACAUGGAAAGGACAGGUUAGACUCUCUCCUGGAUCCCAAAAUUCAACUGAGUAGCAAGCGGGGAGUGGUGUUUGAAGGAAACUGAAUUCUGAGGCUUGGUGAGGUCAGUACUUGAAACGUCAAGAGCUGGCUGGGGUAUAGAGCGAGAAGUUUUCAGCACGAGUGUGUUCUUAACUGCUGUCAGAAGAGCCAAAACUCUGAUCUGGUAAAGCAUCCAGAUGCUAAUGCACACCUUUUUUACAGCAGUUGUCCUGGGACAAACCACUAACUAAUACCAGUAUUUCUACUUGGAGGUAGUGUGCCAAACUUAAUUUAUAUGGAAUCGAGGUCAGCCAAGUAAGGACACCAAAAGAUAACAAAUUCCUCCCUCACAAACAAGAGAAAAUCUGCAGAUGCUGGAAAUCCAAAGCAACACACAUGAUAUACUGGAAGAACUCAACAGGUCAGGUAGCAUCUAUGGAAAAGAGUACAGUCGACGUUUUGGACCGAGACCCUUCAGCAGGACUAUACUCUCUUCCAUAGAUGCUGCCUGGCUUGCUGAAUUCCUCCCUCACCAGCUUUUGAAGAAAUAUUUCAUACAUUGCUCCUUGUCUAACCUUGGUGUCUAUUUUGUAGACCCUGACAUAACAAUUAAGCCAAAGUUGGUGGAGGAGAUUGGUUAAUGCAGUAGAUUAUCCUGGCCUGGAGUUGGUUGUUCUUAUUGCUGAGAUUUUGUUGAGUUCAGUUCUACUCAGAUGAGCAAAUGUGAGUGGGCAGUUCCCUGGACUUACAAUGUGACUUCAUUCUGUUUGUUUUUUCGUCUUUUAGCCCAGUUAUGUCAGACCACUAAUUGUUGAGCUUUGGAGCAGGGGGCCUGGUCUAAGUUUCCAUUGAGCUGGUCUCACUUAGGAAGGUGGAGAACAGUUGGAUCUGGAAGCUGAAAUAGAGGGAAAUCUGAAGGAAAAAAGGGCAGGGACCCACCUUGGCUCAUUAUGGAAACACUUCAGAAACAAUGUUGUCAGUGGAGAUGUUAAUAUAUUUGUUCUUUCUAAUUUUCAUGAAGUGGUACAGUACUGUAACUUAAAACCAUAAAACACUGGAGCAGAAUUAGGCCAUUUGGCCCAAUGAGUCUGCUCCACCAUUUCAUCAUUGCUGAUCCAUUUUUUCUCUCAGCCCCAAUCUCCUGCCUUCUCCCCAUAACCUUUGAUGCCCUGACUAAUCAAGAAACUAUCAACCUUUGCCUAAAAUAUACCCAAUGGCUUGGGAUCUACAGCUGUCUGUGGCAAUGACCUUCAUAGAUUCUCCACUCUUUGGCUAGAGAACUAAAGAAAUUUUUCCUUAUCUCUUCUACAGGAACAGUUAGGAGACUGAGCCCUCUAGUCCUAGACUUCCCCAUUGUAGGAAAUCUAUCCUCUAUCUAGGCUCUAUCUAUGGCUUCUAUCUAGGCCUUUCGAUAUUUGGCAGAUUUCAAAGAAAUGCCCCUCAUUCUUCUAAACUCCAGCUAGUACAGGUGCAGAGCCAUCAAAUGCCCCUCAUAAAGAGCACAGCAUAAUAGGGCAGAAGAUUUGCAGCAGUCUGUAAUUUAAAGGACAUGCUUUCUUCCCCCACCACCCCCACCCUGCUCCACACAGCUUUGUAGGGAGCUGGUAAAAUGUGUUGAGCGCUGAUGUCCUUUUAGGUGGCAAGUGAGAGAGCCGGAUUUCAUCCCCUGCUUUCGCUCUCGACUCCGUGACUCCUGUAGUGCUUUCGAUUAAAAACACGAGACUGACAUUUCUGUAAACAAGAGUUGCAAAGAGAGUUACCUAACCGUGAAGAAUGCAGUGACACAUGAAAAGUAAACAGCCCUCUGGGUCAAACACUAGCACUCCCAGAGAGAACACUGAGUGGAGCUAACGCCCUUUUAUUACCCAACAAACAAAAUCCAUGAACCCAUUAACCGACCAUGUCAUACAUGGAUGUUGUGACCACAGUGUGGUCCAUCGCUAGGAGAGGAGUCAUUUACAGAUGGGACAUAAGUGAUAAAGGGCUUGUGUGAACAACACUCUCUAGAUUGGAGCUAACUGUACAGGCAUACUCCAACCACUGGUCAACUUAAACAGAAGACAGUGCAAAUUUUCCAUUUGCCUGUGAAUUUGUGUAGAUUUAGAUGCAGGGCAUCACUGGGGCUAUUUUAGCCUUUCCCACUGUGAUAUUUGGCUUAUGGGACCAAGACAUUUGAGUGUAACAUUACCAAGAUCAUGUGUCAGACCACAAAACUUGUAUUACUGGCAGGACAGCAGGAAACUUGUACCCGACAGAAAGAGUGCCUGAAACUAGGUGCAGUCGGUCUAGGGGGAUCUGAGAAAAGACGUGUGCCACACUUAUGUAAGGUGUGUGUAAAGUUGCUAAGUGUUGGGGAAUGUGUAAGAGGAGAUGUUGCAUUGAAGAGCUGGCAGAAACAAUAUUGGAAACUUUUUAUAUAAAUCUGGCCAGAAACCAGCAGAGCUGUGUCUGUGCAAUCCUCCAACGCCACCCUGUUUUAUGCUUGUGGGAGAUGCAAUAAAGAGACUACAGAUACUGGAAUCUGGAGCAAAUGGAGGAACUCAGUGGGUUAAGUAGAGUCUGUGGAGGGAAAUGGGAAGUUGGUUUUUUCUUGACUUGAAAUAGUCUCGGAUAUAGAUGAAGUCUUAGCCUAAAAUGCCAAGGCUGGAGAAUGGGGUUGAGAGGUCAGCCAUAAUGGAAUGGUGGGGUGGACUCAAUGGGCCGAAUGGCCUGCUGCUGCUCUUGCGUCUUCUCAGCUUAUGAGAUUCGUAAAGCACAGCCUGCGACAGUUGUGAAGGUAGACACUCUCACAACAUUUAACAAGCGUCUGGAUGAGUUCUUGAAUCAGCAAUGUGCAGAAGGAUGUGGAUCGAGGGCACAUGAAGACUGGCAUAACCGUGGUGCAGUGGAAGCCUUGUUUCCCUGCAGUUUGACUCUGAUGUUCAAUUUAAACAUACGUUAAAUGAGAUCAGUGUCUUGAGGUCUUAACUGUUAGUUACACAAUAAUGACAUCUCACUAAGUGACACCUCAGUUGGUAUUCACAGCUUUAAGAGCAGUGCUGAGGGAAAUCUGUGGUACUGGAGGGACUGCCUUUCAGUCUCAGGUUCUGGUCAGGCAAGGAGAAAGGUGGCAGGUCAUUCUGCUGCUCUGCUAGUCAGCCAACAAAUCCAACUGCCCCAUCUCUUAGCACUUGGAAAAUCAAAACAAACUGGGAAGACGGGAAUUCUGAAAGUGGAUUUUGCCGGAAAGCAACUGGUGCUGCGCUUGCCUUUGAGGGCCUCAGAUUGUUGGGAUAUUCUUUAGCUUGAUCCAAGAAUCUGGCAAAGGGGCGAAGUUUGUCCUUGAUCCGUUGAGUGCAAGGUUAUGGCAAUGCUACGCUUACUUCUGCGGUUCAGCGUAGAAGAUUAGCAACAGAUUUUUAUACUAAAUCUCACACUGUUCUGAAAGUAAAGAGCUGCUCUGUUGCACUAUGUUCCAGAUGCUAAACUUUUAAAAUAAAAAGUGAGCAACAGACUAAUCAGUUUGAUCCUUUGAACUCCUUGUUAAAGGCCAAAGGAGAUUUAGUAAAAUCAGUGCUUCCGAAUACUGAAGUCAUGAAAACAACACAAUGACACAUCAAUUUUGUAAUCUGAUUUUUUAAAAAAAAUUUGAUACUUGGAAGUGAAUUUUUGAGCGGAUGUACUUGAACGCUAAACAGGAUGGACUGGGCAAAAUAUUAUCCUUGGAUUGGGAUUAGACACCACAGUGUUAUGCCUGGCAAAGGAGUUAUGUAUAAAUAUGUGGAAUUAGGCAGGGAAAGUUUUAUAUUGGAAUUCUGUAAUUGUUGUGUGUACUUCAAAGGGUGAGUGGGUGUGAGGAAAUUAUGCAGUUGAGGCAGACUGGGAGGGAAGUAGUAACAGAUAAAGAUGAGAUCAAUUAGUUAUUCAGGAAUGUUAAUUCAAUCAGUUGGGUAAUUUUCUUUAUAGGAUGAGGCCGGAGAACAUGGUUGAGAGGGAUAAUAAAUCAGCCAUGAUUGAGUGGCAGAGCAGACCAUUCAACCAUUCUACGCGCUCAUCAAACAAUCCUGGAACUCUCGAGAGCUUGAAAGCAAUGAUCGAUGUUUCUGACUACAUACAGUGAUACCUCUCACACACAGUAGCUGCAUCUCAAAAUAGCUAGGGUCAAGAAUGUGAAAUGGUGUUUGCUUUAAAUUUUUGGAACUGGAUGAAGACGGAGUUUGUAAAUGCUACUCUUAUAAAUAAAGAAUGUCUUUUAUACACUGCAUAAGCACACAGAAUGGAGUACAUUAUCAAGCAGUUGACUAUUCCUUUCAGGCUAUCAGCUGCAGUGAUUAAAAAGCCUCCCGGCAAGAUGGAUGCCAUCAAUACCAUUUCAUUGUCGGGUGUUAUCAUGAGAGCAUUGCAACGUUGCUGGAGGUUAAUUUCCAUAAGAUUGCCCCAGCCUUUACUCUUUCCAAAGCACAAUGUGAUCUCUUGGGAUUUUUCUUACAGGUCAUUUCUUCUCCCCGUCUGUCUGUCUGUCUGUGUCUGUGUGCGUGUGUCUCUCUCCCUCUCUCUCGCACCCCCUCUCUCUCCCUCUCCCCCUCUCUCCCUAUGUCACACCAGUGGCGUGCAGAAGAGCAUUUCUGCAUGCACAGCACCUCAAACCUUGAGGUGGGUGGGCUACAGCAGCUUGACGGCCAGAUUCUGUUUGCUGCCAUCCAGGCAGAUCACGUGAGGUAGUAAACAGAAAACACAUAAAAAACCUCCCCUGCUCUCUGGAAGGAGUUUCUUCCUUCUCCCCAUGUCCUUGUGGGUUUCCUCCAGAUGCUCCAGUUUCCUUCACAUCGCGAACACCUAAGGGUUAGUAUGUUUAAUUGGGUGGCGCAGGCUUGUUUGGCCAGAAGUACCUGUUACCAUGCUCGUUCCUUAAUAAAUAAAUAAAUAAGAAAACAGAAUACAAACACGAGAUGUUUAAAUAUUGGACAACACAUACAAAAUGCUAGAGGAGCAAAAUGCCAGGCAGCAUCCACGGAGAGGAAUAAACAAGCCAUCUUUUGGACCAAGGCCUUUCAUCAGAACUGGAAAAGAAGGAGGAAGCCCUUUCCGGUUCUGAUGAAGGGUGUUGGUCUGAAACGGUAACUGUUCUUUCCUCUCCAUAGAUGCUGCCUGGUCUGCUGAGUUCCUUCAGCAUUUUGGGAUAGAAUGCAGAAUAAUAAGGGUCAUGUUAUGUUAUCAGAAAGUGCAAAGGGUCACGACAUAUGUUGAUUGAGAGAUCAAGAGUUCAUCUUUAUUGAACGAGAGGUCAGUUCAGGAAAUGUAGUUGAGGGUGGAUGCAAGUGGAAUAGAAAGAGAGGAGGAUGUGCGGAAAAGGCAUUGACCGCAGAAGUCAGGUGCUGAUUAUAUUGGAAGGGUGUGGAACCACAGACAAAUCGAUAAACUUGGUGGAGAGGAAGAACGCUGAAUUAGUAAGAGGAACGUUUCCUGUUUAUUUCCUGGAAUUUGGUGCAGUGAGCCCCUCUGUGGUCCAGGGUCAACCCAUGUUGCAUCCCAGCUGCCUGAUAAUACGCAAGCCAGUAAACAAGCCUCGACAGUGCAACACGGCAGGCAAGCUGGUGCCCAUGUAGCUGCUGAUCCCAAAGCAAUGGCAGAGACCAAUACAGUUUGGCAUGUUGCAAGAGUUUCCAGUCAGCCUUGAACCCAACAUAAGGCUCCAGAUCCAGAUUUUUUUCUCGGGAUUUACUCCAGAAGCCUUCCCCAUGAGUGGGUGUAGCUACAAGGCAGCGGAGGUUUGAGAUCAGAGUUUUCCUUCUCCUAGAUGAGCUCCCAGUUGUGCCUGACGAGCACCAUCUGCCUGAAGUGACUGGUGUUAAAGGCGCAUUUGCCCAUCCAGUUCCCCUUGGAUCGGCACUUAAGGGAAAUCAGAUGAGUGGAUUGUUCUGUGUAGGCUGGAUGGAUAGAGAAAUGUUUCGUGUAAGAUUUGUUUUAUUAAUUUAUUUAUUGAUACAAUGCAAACCAGGCCCUUCCUGUCCUUCAAGCCACACCACCCAGCAAUCCCCUGACUUAAUCCUAGCCUAACCACGAGGCAAUUUACAAUGACCAAUCAGCCUACCAACCAAUGCGUCUUUGGACUGUAGGAGAAAACUAGAGCAUCCAGCGGAAAUCCAUAUGUUCACGGGAAGAAUGUAGAAACUUAUUGAAUUUAAUAUUGGUACGGUUAAAAUUCUUGAGCUGACCACUGAAGGAGAGUCAAAAAUUGUCAGAGGGCAAAGAACUAGAAAACAAAACGCAGUGCUCCUGGAGAAAAGAGGUGAUUGCUUGAGAAUGGGAUGAAGCAGUAUGGGUCCCACAAGGCCAAAAUCUGAGAUGAGAUUAACAAACCUGGAUGAGGAAGUGUGGCCACAACUAUCAGGUGAUCCUUUCACAAAGCAAGAGGCACUUCCCAGAUUAACUGGGUGUCUGCCUUUCUUUGGCCCGUAAUCUGAAAGGAUGAAUCACUGGAAGAUUUGAGGUGGGCGUUAAGGGACUUUACAUUUCGAAUGUUCAGCUACAAAUUCAUUCUGACAAAAAAACAUCUGUUUCUCUCACUCACUCUCUCUCACUCUCACUCAUUCUCACUCUCACUCACUCAUAUAUAGACUCUAUCACACAUACUAACAUUUCAACAAGUGACCAACACUGAAAGAACUCAGAAGAUCAGUCCAGAUGAGGGGUCUCAAUGUGAAACAUGUCAACUGUCCUUCUCCCUCCAUAGAUGCUUCGUGAGCCGUUGACUUUCUCCCUGCACUUUUGUGUGUUGCUUCAGAUUUCAGCAGUCUCUUGUGUCUCUAGAAAGUUUGUCAUUAGUCCUCCUUGGCUGUGAAUUCGCCUAUUCUUGGGUUUCUUCAUACCCCGCUUUUGUGGGGGAUGGAGGAGGUGUGGGGGGGGGGGGGUUCAAUAAUCUGCUUGCCAAUUCCCCCAGCCAAAACAACUCCACUCAAGGGCUCUAAGACCCACACUUGCCACGUUACUAAGUAACAUCACCCAGUGGAUUGCUUGAGUUAUUUUAACAGCUUUCCCACAUCCUGUAAAACAUGAGUAGGAUAUGUGGUUUAACAGUAGCAUCCGUCUGCCUAUUUUUUUUUUAACCAUGGUGGUCAGCGCAUUACGUCACACAGACACAUGCACCUCUCCGCAACCUGACAUCAGAAGCAUGACUGAAACUGCUUAAAAAUAAAAUGUUCAAGUUAAUAUUGUUUCCAACACCCCUAACACUAGAAGAUGCAGGUUUAAUUAGAGCUUAAUGGAUAAAUGUUACAGACUUUGGGCUCUGGGUUACGAGAUGUUAUCUCCAUGUUAGCAACACAUACAGAAUAUUGGAGGAACUCAGCACGUCAGGCGGCCUCUAUGGAGGGGAUUAAGUUAAUGUUUACGGCCCAAAACAUCAACCGUGUACUCCUCUGCAGCUCGUUCUGCACUCGAGUGAAGAAGUUCUGCCUCAUGUUCCCCUUAAUCAUUUCACUUUUCAACCUUAACCCCUAAUUUUCAGAUCUAGGUUCAACCAACCACAGUGGUUCUAUCCUAUCUAUAUGCCUCAAUAACAGUUACCAUUUUCACCAUUCAGUUUGAACCAAUUAGCAUAGCCCUACUCAUUAUCUCCAUGUAGCAACUCCUGAUGUAAGGUCUUAGCCCAAAACAGUAACUGUGUACUAUCUAACUUGUUCAGUUCCUCCAACAUUUUGUGUGCAUUGCUCAAGAUUUCCAGCUUCUGUAGAAUCUCUUGUGUUUAGCUCCAUAUUAGCUGCUGGCUUGUAAAGUUGCAGUUGUGCAAGAAAUCGUGCAGUUAAACCCAGGGCGGUUAUUUACCCAGAAUACUUAACUGACAGAGAUAUUUUUUUUUAGCCUCCCACUUCUUGCACCAUCUCUAGAGCACAAGCACAGAUGAAUUUGCCUUUGUGGCCCAAAGGACGAAUGACAAUUUUCCUUCUCUCCCAUGUCUUGGCUUCAGGGGGCCUCAGCAAGUGGAGGCACUUUCCUCGACCCUCCUCUUGCAUUGGCAAGUGUCUCCAUCCUCAAUAUUCUCCCUCCUUUCUCCCACUCCCCUGGAAUGAAAGGGUUUGAUAGCUUUGAGCCUGUACUAGCUGAAAAUGAGAAGAAUGGGGGUGAGGGGUCUCAUUGAAACCUAUUGAAUAUUGAAAGACUUAGAGUGCAUAUGGAGAGGAUGUUUCCUACAGUUGAGGGGAGGGAGCUGGGGUGAUAGGUCUGGGAUCAGAGGGCACAGCCUCAGCAUAGAGUGGCAUCCAGUAGAACUGUGAUGGGGAAUAAUAUCUUCAGGUGGUGAAUCUGUUGAAGUUAUUACCACAGAUGGCUGUGGAGGCCAAGUCAUUGAGUAUAUCUAAUGCAGAAGUUGCUAAGUUCCUGAUUGGAAUGCAGAGAAGACCCAAUGGGCCAAGUGGCCUAAGUCUGUUCCAAUGCCUUAUCUGCCAAAUUUAGUUUGAACUUUGAAGUGGCACUACAACACAGCAGAUGCGUAGCGUGUCCCAGGGUUCGGGUUCAAUCUGGCCCAUCUUGACCCAACACAUUCUCUCCAGGACAUGAGAUUACCUCGAGUUGCUCAAAUUUCCUCCCACAUCCCGGGGGGGGGGCUUCAUUUCUUGACUCUAGGUAAAUAGUAACGAGGAUGAAAGUGUAGUUGAUGGGCAUGUAAAUUGAGAAGAGAAGUAAGGGUGGGAGAAUGGUAUCAGUGGAUUGCUCUCCAGGAAGAUAGCAUGGACAUAAUGCGCCAAAUGGUAUCCUGCUGUAUCAUUACAAGAUAAUAUACCUGCCAAGACCCUAUCUGAAGUUGGGGAGAGAGGAAAUAGCUAAGUAAUGAAGAUUGGAUAGAACUAUGACUCUUCCCUUAAGAAGGGUCUGCAUUCUAAUUGCAAAGAAAUAUCUUUUUUUUAGAAGACACGUGGUAUUUAUAAGCAGAGGUAUAAGUUAUAUUUAACCAUAAGACUGACUAACACACUUAUGCUUUCCUUCCUCUGGGAAGGGGUAGUUGGGAGUAAGUUGUAUUGUAGGGCUUGUAAAGGACCAGAUGGGUAUGUUUGAGGACUCCCAUGGAUACAGUGGUAGUUAGAUCAAAUUUUUGACUGGUGACUUAAGGCGCUGCUCUGAGAACUGAUUUUAUUAUUUAUUGCAUAAAUUAUUUCAUUUUUUUCUGUCCUAUAAAACUUGUUUGUAGAUAUUAAAGAUGUACUUUUUAUAUUAUAUGACCAUGUCUCUAAAAAAAAAUCCACAUAUUUAUUUCUUUGUAAAAUUAAUGUACCUUGAUGCAUUUAUUUUGUAUACUGUACCAAUAAAGACAUUUUUCCAUA